AUGGCACUGGUUGACCAGGUCCUCCAUGUGAUGACACCGGCGGAAUGGGGCAAGCCAAUCGAUGUCGACGAGAAAUGGAUUGCCUUUGUCGAUGAUCAUGUGAAGGCUACGCUUCCAUCGGGCAGCGAAGUGGAGGACAUUGUGCACCAUGGAGCAAGCUACUGGACCAGAACGGCUGAGAUCUCGUCACGAGCAGAGGAUGGAUCUCCGAAGUCAUACUUCUUAAAGGUCUCAGAGGGCGACAAUGGACGAAACAUGACAGCAGGCGAAUAUGCCUCCAUGAAGGCCAUGUAUCAAGCACUGCCUGAAUUCGUGCCGGAGCCUAUCGGCUGCGGAUCAUAUGCGUCCAAUCCCAACAUCCACUUCUUCAUCUGUGAGCUGGUCAACAUGACGGACGAGAUUCCAGAGAUCCAGGCGUUUGUCCAACUACUCGCCGAGCUACACACCAGGGGUAUAUCUCCAAAUGGCAAGUAUGGCUUCGAGGUGCCAACUUACAAAGGCACCAUCCCUCAGUACACAAACUGGCAUGAUACCUGGGAAGAGGCCUUCCACCACUCGAUGAAAUGGUUCGUGUAUACCGAGGAGAAAUCGCAGGGCCCGGAUGAGGAGAUGCGAGAGCUGUGCAACGGUCUCUUCGAGAAAGUGAUCCCCCGCCUGCUUCGGCCACUGGAAACCGGAGGCAGGCAGAUACAGCCCCGGCUGAUUCACGGCGACUUGUGGUCAGGGAACACCUCAACCAACAUCGACACGAACACGCCGGUCGUGUAUGACGGGGCCUGUCUAUAUGCGCAUAACGAAAUGGAGAUGGCAGCUUGGCGUCCGAUACGCCACAAGAUCGGAAGGCAAUACAUGAAGGCGUACUUUGAUUACUUUCCCAUAUCUGCACCGGAGGAAGACCAAGAUGACCGCAAUCUCCUUUACUACCUUCGAUGGGACCUGAAAAGCUCGGCCCUUUUCUCGGGCAACUUGCGGUACCGGAAUAUGGCCAAAGAGACAAUGCGAACACUGCUUACCAAAUACCCCGAUGGAUACGAGGGCUGGGCCAAGGAGAAAGGAGAAGAGCCUGUCCAACGCGUGUACUCGCCGACCUCGUAUGAGUUCCUGAGCAACUUCGGCUCCAAUCCAUGA